AUGAAGAUUGACUUGGAGCUAAUUAAACGCAAGAGCGAGCACAACGAAGGGCUGCUAGAGGAACUGGAGGAAGUAGCCCUACACCAGCUCCAAAUUAAAAAAAUUGAAUUCAUUAACACCCAUUGUAGAAAUUUAAAAAUACUGCUGCUGCAAAAUAAUUUGAUUGAGAAGAUCGAAAAUCUGCAUCAGCUGAAGAAGCUGGAGUACUUGAACCUUGCCCUGAACAACAUCACGCUGGUGGAGAACCUCCACGGGUGCGAGUCGUUGCGCAAGCUGGACUUGACCCUAAACUUCAUCGACGUAUCAACCAUCGAAGCGUCUUUAAUUAACUUAAAGAAAAAUGAAAGCCUGAGGGAGCUCUACCUCAUGGGAAACCCCUGUGCGAAAUGGACACACUUAAAACUCUUCGUCAUUCUACACCUGGGCCAGCUGGACGUUUUAGAUGGCUCAGAUAUUCUCACGUCAGAUAGGAUAACUGCUAAACAAAAAAGCGAAACAGUUAGGAAGUCUUUAGAAGAAGAACUGAAGAAACAAAAGGAAAAGGGAAGUGGACACAACGAGCACUAUGACAGUAUCAAUCAGAGGAAGGAGAUUUACGAAGAGAUGGAAAGGGAAGAAAAAGAGAACGCACAAAUGGAUACGAAGAAGGAGAGGCCCCAGAAGGAAGUGCUGCCCCCAUACACUGACGAGGGGGAUAUUCGCCAGUGCAACGAAGGGCACUACAAGUUCCUGUUCGAUGAGUAUUCCAGCAACAAGCACACCUUUUUGAAGCUCUUCCUCCCCAAGUACAUGUGCAACUCUCUUAUCAAGGUAGACGUAAAUGUGAACUACGUCCGGUGUGUAAUCAAAGACAAGCUGUUCCAGGUCAAACUGAGCGAUGCCAUUUUAACAGACCUCACGAAAAUUUCUAGAAAAAAAUAUACUGGGGAAUUACACAUUAAAAUGACGAAGAAAAAUUAUAAAGGAAAUAAAAUUUUUGAAGGGGACCCUAUCAGCGAGGGGGGUGCCUCUCCCAUGGUCUGCCAUUCGUUGUUACCACCCCGUUCGUCUUCCACCUCGUCAACCUCUUCCGCAUCGUCGUCCUCUUCCACCUCAUCCUUCUUCAAAAAGGAGUACCCAAUUUAUGCCAACAGGCGAAGGCGCUCAGCCAAAUCUUCCUUGACCUUGUCCAGCGAACCGAAAGGUGAUUUCCUUCUUCAGGCAAAAGAAACGAAGUACUCCUCCUCCGUGAUGAAUGCCAUUCCUUCGCUGGAGAAAAUUACAAAACAGAGUCUCCCUAACAUGUAA